GGUAGGAAAUAAAUGGCACUAUGUUGUUGACGGGAAAAGAUCUUGGCAAAACUGUUGUGACUGUUCCUGUGGCUUAGAAAGGAAUUUCCUACUGACUGGACUAACCAUUAAAUAUGUCUCUGCUUCUAGGAGGAGUUCGGUGAAGUUUUCCCAGAGAAAAUGUCAACUUUGGCCAUGGAAGCACAGGGUCUUGACGAGAGAGGAAGUUUUUUUAAGCUGAUUGACACAAUUGCUUCAGAAAUCGGAGAACUGAAACAAGAAAUGGUGCAAACAGAUCUGGUGCUAGAAGAUGGACCCACCAGUUUACAAAGUCUAGCGAAAGACAUGGAUGACAUGUGUCCGGAUCAGAAAGAUUCAAAAAACAUCAUACGAGAUUCUGGAUAUGACAGCCUCCCCAAUAAGCUCAGCAUACUAGAUAAACUUCUUCAUACCCACCCUAUCUGGUUACAGCUUGGCUUGAACGAUGCUGAGGCAGUGGAAGUUCUGCAGUCCCAGCCUCCUGGAACCUUCCUUGUAAGGAAAUCCACAAGAAUGCAGAAGAAAGUCUUAUCUCUACGUGUACCAAAUGAUUUUGGAUUGUGUCUCAAAGAGUUUGCAAUAAAAGAGAGCACAUAUACCUUUUCAUUGGAAGGCUCUGGGAUAAGUUUUGCUGAUUUGUUCAGGCUCAUAGCUUUCUACUGUAUUAGCAGGGAUGUCUUGCCGUUCACCUUGAAGUUGCCUCAUGCUAUUGCAACAGCAGCAACAGAGGCGGAUCUUGAACAGGUGGCUCAGCUAGGACUGAAUUUUUGGAGUUCUCCAGCUAACAACAGACUGCAAAAUCCUUCACUCCUCCAGAAGCCUCUGCCUUCAGACAGCAUAUAUAAAGGCUCCCAGCAGCUCUGCCUCAUAAAUGGAGUUCAUUCUAUAAGAACCAGAACGCCUUCGGAGCUGGAAUGCAGCCAGACCAAUGGAGCCUUGUGUUUUAUUAAUCCUCUCUUCUUGAAAGUGCAUAGCCAGGAUGUCAGUGGAAAUUUGAAAAGACAGUGCCCAAGAACUCAAGAUGUGAACUGCCCGGAGAGGGCUCGUUCCCCUCCACCUAGGCCACCCCCACCUUCUAUUCAUAGCCUUGUUGCAAGCCCUCAGCUGUCCAGGAAUAUAAACCAGGCAAGUCUGCCGGAAACUGCCAACCACAACAAACACUGGAACUUGGAUUUGCUGCAGAAGACGCCUGCUCCUGUCCCACCUCCUCGCCUGAAGAAGAAGGCACUCUCUUUAGAAGCAGAGAGCAGUGCAAAAAGCUCGGCUGUAAUUAGACCAAGCCAUAACUCAGUGCAUGGCUCAGAAGCUGCUCACAUUCCAGGUGGAGCCCCGCCUCAGCAGAACUUUGCAGAGAGCAAAAAGAGCUUAGCUGCACACUCUGAGUCACAAGUACAGUGGAAUGGAGGCAGACAGAGACUAAGCGACAUGAGCCUCUCCACAUCCUCCUCUGACUCGCUUGACUUUGAUCGGAGCAUGCCACUCUUUCCUUACGAUGGGGAUACUAACAGCAGCCUGGAGGAGUAUGAGGGGGAAAGCGACCAGGAGAGCAUGGCACCACCCUUGAAGCCUAAAAAGAAAAGGACUAGCUCGUUUGUGCUUCCCAAAAUUGUUAAAUCCCAGCUGCGGAAAGUGAGUGGAGUUUUCAGCUCCUUCAUGACCCCAGAGAAGAGGAUGAUCAAGAAAAUAGCAGAGAUGUCUCGAGAUAAGCGCACCUAUUUUGGGUGCCUGGUUCAGGACUACGUAAGCUUCCUGCAGGAGAACAAGGAGUGCCACGUUUCCAGCACAGACAUGCUUCAGACUAUUCGGCAGUUUAUGACCCAAGUCAAGAGCUACUUGUCUCAGAGCUCUGAACUGGAUCCUCCAAUUGAGUCCCUGAUUCCAGAAGACCAAAUAGAUGUGGUGUUGGAGAAGGCCAUGCACAAGUGCAUCCUGAAGCCCCUCAAGGGUCACGUUGAGGUGAUGUUAAGAGAGUUCCAUACAGCUGACGGCUCUUGGAAACAGCUGAAAGAGAACCUUCAACUUGUCCGACAGCGGAAUCCUCAGGAGCUUGGGGUGUUUGUCCCAACACCAGACUUUGUAGAUGUUGAAAAGAUUAAAGUCAAGUUCAUGACCAUGCAGAAGAUGUAUUCUCCUGAAAAGAAAGUCAUGCUGCUGCUAAGAGUCUGCAAACUAAUUUACACUGUGAUGGAAAACAAUUCAGGGCGGAUGUAUGGAGCUGAUGACUUUUUGCCAGUGCUGACCUACGUUGUGGCUCAGUGUGACAUGCUGGAGUUAGAUGCUGAAAUUGAGUACAUGAUGGAGCUGCUGGACCCAUCCUUGCUACACGGAGAAGGUGGCUACUACUUGACAAGUGCAUAUGGAGCACUUUCUUUGAUAAAGAAUUUUCAAGAAGAACAAGCAGCUCGGCUGCUGUGCUCGGAAGCCCGGAAUACCCUCCGACAAUGGCAUAAGCGUAGGACAACAAAUAGAACGAUUCCAUCUGUGGAUGAUUUUCAGAACUAUUUGCGAGUUGCAUUCCAGGAAGUAAACAGUGGCUGUACAGGGAAAACCUUGCUCGUGAGACCCUAUAUUACCACAGAAGAUGUGUGUCGGCUUUGUGCUGAGAAGUUUAAAGUGGACAUUCCUGAUGAGUAUAGCCUUUUUCUUUUCAUUGACGACACCUGGCAACAGCUGACAGAAGAUACCUAUCCUCAAAAAAUCAAAGCUGAACUGCACAGCCGGCCACAGCCCCAGGUCUUCCAUUUUGUUUAUAAGCGCAUCAACAGUGACAAUUAUGGUGCCAUUUUUCAAAACGACAACAGCGACCACACAUCAUAAAGCUCAUGUGUUUUAUGGUUGGGUUUUAAGUUGCUGAAAGCACCCUUUGCUUGCUGACUUGAGUUCAUUAGACACUGUCUGCAGGGCUCUAAACCAAAUGUCUGAUAAGAACAUGAACAACAAUCCCUGUCACUGACUAAAUGUAAUAUGUACUGUAUACAGGGCCAUUGUACAGGUGUAGAACAGAAGUGCUACAGCGUAUGGAGAGGGGGGCUGAACUUCAUGGAUCACUGAUCUUCUCAAAUAUACUGCAGUCUGUAUUGCAUUUUACUCUCAUCUUUAGUUCAAGCCCUAGUUUGCAUUAACUUCACUGAUGGCCAGACUAUCUAUAAGCUAGCUGGUGGGCUAUCCAUUUCACCAGUGUACAUAUAUAUGCAAAACUGUCCGGUGCAGGGCAUCAGUAAACUCUCUUAUAUGGAUGGUAGCAGCCUUCUCUAAAAUAGUUAUUUAAUUAUUAUUAUUUUACUGAAGGCAGCUUGUUUUUUAUAUGUAUCACAGAAUUUUUAUAACAGUUGCAGGUAAACUGUCAUGGUUGGUCCUUAAAAUAUUUUUUAAAACUAUAAAAUGUUCUAUAAUUCUGCAUGUGAUUUUUAACAUUUAAUAUUCAAAAUAAAUCUCUUGCUGGUUUUAGAGUAUUACAUUGAACACUCCUGUGAGAUUUAGAUUGUUUAUUGCCUUUUCUUCCCUGAUUUAAGUGUUUUUAAAUCUAUCAAACUCAUUCUAAGGUUGAUAAAAUUCUGUAAGUAAUUUGUAUUUUUGACAUUGGCUACCCAAAGCCUUUUACAAACCUGAUGUAUCACUUACUGAGUUAUUAUUUAUAUACUGCAAUCUUGAAUGGACAGAUAAAUUGGACAGAAGUAUUUGAAAGAAGUGAAUAUAGAGACCAGGAAAGUGAGAAAACAUAGUGUGGCUGCUUUAGAAAUGAGAUGUUUUAGGGCAUGUGUUUCAAAUAACACAGUUUAGUUACUCCAUUGUUGUACACAAAGUUAGCCAAAGAAAGAUAGCUGAGAGCUCCGUCACUCCUCUUCGUGGAAGAGUGACUGGACAUUGUUGAAGGUAGAUGUGACAGUCACUCAAAAUGGGGGGGGGGGAGAGAGAGAUUGUGAGGUUACCUCUAGUCUGCUGGUUCAGGCUUCUUGCAGAACGUAAGUGAAGGAAGUUGUGGGGGGGGGGGUUCCAAAGUUUGAAAUAUUGUACAUAUACAAAUAUUGAUUUGACAUCUGUUAUAUUAGAAACAGCAAGGAACUGAAUUCACAGGUUAAACAGAUUUAUGCAGACUGAAACAAGCAACGUCACAUGCAUUUUACUGUGGCUGAAAAUGUAAAUGUUUUCCAUAGGCAUACAAAUUGUAAGUUUCUUUCCAGAUCAGAGAGCUAAACUGGGUUGUAAUUUUGAAUAAAGUCUACCUAAAAGGUAAUCGCUCUCUCCAAAUAUUCUGUGCGACCCCAGAGGAAGCAGCAGAUGAGAGAUAUUUCAUGGGGUGGAUUUUGCUGUACCCUGUACAUCAUGACUGAACAAUUAAAUUAUCCAGUAGAUACAAAAAUAAAUCUGGACAAUGUUGUAAUAGUUUAAUAUUGUAACAGAAAUAUUAAGACCUACACUGGGCACCAACCAAUCCAAGUCAUUGUAUAAGAUGUGGUUGAAAAUCUUGGAUCAUAAGUCCCUUACUGAUCUUAUCAAAAGCCAAUAAUCUUGACCAUCUAGGAUGGCUUCCAAACCAUGUGAAUGCACUCCAGUGCUGAGUUAUUAAUUGCUGUACCUUAAUGCUCUGGAGUUACCAAAAGAAUAUUGGUGUCUGGCUCUGCAAGUGCAUUUUGUAUGUAAAUAUGUAUAUGCAUGUUAAUUUGCCACAUACCUGCCACCUUGACAUGUGUCUAUGUUGUAUUUCAUUUUGUAAAUGAUAAAACAGUAGUUUUGCACAUAAUACAUUGUAAUACUUUACUAUAAUGAACAUGUUUGAGUAUA